CUCUGCCGCCUGUGCAGAAGUCACCCUGCGAAUGCUCACUCAUUCCUCCCCUCUUUUCCAGAAGUUCAGCCUCGUACAUCUAAAGCAGUGCGCUUGUGUUUCACGCCUUUCGGUUUCUGAUCUGCUGGUGAAUUCCUCCCGGGUUGAUGUGACACACAGACCUCGGACACAUACACGCACAGACAAACACGCACACGCUGAGCUUCAGAGCUGUGGAGAGCGUCUGGAUCCAGUGAUGGUUGAGUUUGGUGUGUUGUGGACGCGUGCUCCUCUGCAGAUAUGUGGUGUUUGCAGUGCAACUCCGAGAAAACCCAGUCUCUGCUUGAGCUGGAGCUGGACAGCUGUGUGGAAGGGACUGUUGAAAGCAGUGAGCCUGGCCCUUCCGUGGACACCAGCAUAGGAUAUGGCCGUGGGCCGGUCACUCACAGUUCUUCCUUGAGUCCGGACCAGUCCGAAGGAUCUUUGUACAGCCACAGCAUCCAAAGCGGCCCGCAGCGCCCUCAACGGCCCAAACUACAACACUCUCAGUCCAUCCUGCGCAAGCAAGCAGAAGAAGAGGCCAUCAAGCGCUCUCGCUCCCUCUCUGAAAGCUAUGAGCUAUCUACAGACCUUCAGGACAAGAAGGUGGAAAUGCUUGAGCGGAAAUAUGGAGGCCGUUUCAUAACCCGCCAUGCUGCGCGCACCAUCCAGACAGCUUUCCGGCAUUACCAGAUGAACAAGAACUUUGAGCGCCUCAGGAGUUCGAUGUCCGAGAACCGCAUGUCCCGCAGGAUCCUGUUGUCCAACAUGAGGAUGCAGUUUUCCUUCGAGGCACCUGAGAAGGUCCACAGCUCCUUCUUUGAGGGCAGACAGAUGUCUCUCAUGGAGGAGAGCAGCCAUAUAGGAGCAAUGGUGCAACCUGGAGAGAAGGUUCCUGUUAUCCUGGAGGCUCCAGAAACUCAAAAUGACUUGACAGACACAAUAACGGAGCUAGAGGACACUUUCUCAAAGCAGGUAAAGUCGCUGGCUGAGUCAAUCGACGAUGCACUGAACUGCCGCAGUCUACACAAAGAGGAGAUCCAGCCUGAGCAGACGGUUUGUGAGCUGCAGCAGAAACGGGAGCUUCCUCAGCCUGAUGAGCACCACAGGCUGGACGAGAUCUGUGAUGUGACUCUGUUCAUCGAUGAGGAGGAGCUCUCUCCUUUGGUACAGCCAUCCAGCGCAGAAUCUGAUCAGCACACUCAGUCCGUCAGCGCCUCACAGGAGUAUUGGUCCAUGGAUGCUAACAUGGACACAAGUGCCAGGAGCACUCCAUCCCUCGAUUACCAGAGUCCAAAGCUUUGUGUGGACUUGCCCGUGCUGACAAUCGAGCCUCCCAGCGACAGCUCGGCAGAUGCGAGUGAUCGUUCGGAGCAGGGUUUGGUCCAGACUCAAAACGUUCCCAAACAGACCACAGCAGCACCACGGGCCAAUCCCAAACACGGACUCCCUGCCAGAGUUCCCUCUCUUUCUGGUGAGGAAGAGCCACUGAGACACCGGCAGGUGGUGAGUCAUCUGGCCACCAAUGGCAGCCGGCAGAGCAAGUCAGAAUCUGACUUUUCCGAUGGAGACAAUGACAGCAUCAACAGCAACUCGAACUCUAUUGACACAAUCAACUCUGAGUCCUCUUCCAGUCAGCAGAACCUCAGCAAACAGACCUACCACAAAGACACUCGCAACAGCUGGGACUCUCCGGCCUCCAGCAGCGACAUCAUGCGCAAGAGACAAUACCGCAUUGGUCUCAACCUCUUUAACAAAAAGCCAGAGAAGGGCAUUCAGUACCUGACAGAGAGGGGCUUCAUUCCCGACACGCCUGUGGGUGUGGCUCACUUCCUGCUCCAGCGGAAAGGCUUGAGUCGACAAAUGAUUGGGGAAUUUCUCGGGAACAGACAGAAACAGUUCAACAGGGAUGUUUUGGACUGUGUGGUGGAUGAGUUGGAUUUCUCAGGGAUGGAGCUGGAUGAAGCUUUGCGGAAAUUUCAGGCUCAAAUCCGAGUUCAGGGGGAAGCACAGAAGGUGGAGCGUUUGAUCGAGGCUUUCAGCCAGCGCUACUGCAUCUGUAACCAUGACGUGGUCCGCCAGUUCAGAAACCCCGACACCAUCUUCAUCUUGGCCUUCGCCAUUAUCCUUCUCAACACAGACAUGUACAGCCCCAAUGUCAAGAUCGAACGCAAGAUGAAGCUGGAGGACUUCGUCAAGAAUCUACGAGGGGUUGAUGAUGGAGAGGACAUCCCACGGGAGAUGCUGGUUGGCAUUUAUGAGAGGAUCCAAAAGAAAGAGCUCAAAACCAAUGAGGACCACGUGUCUCAGGUGCAGAAGGUGGAGAAACUCAUUGUGGGCAAGAAGCAGAUGGGAUCCCUUCACCAUGGUCUUGGCUGUGUGCUGUCUCAGGCUCACCGCAGGCUCGUGUGCUACUGCAGACUGUUUGAGGUCCCAGAUCCAAACAGGCUGCAAAAACUCGGGCAGCACCAGCGGGAAAUCUUCCUGUUUAAUGAUCUUCUAGUGGUUACCAAGAUCUUCCAAAAGAAGAAAAACUCAGUGACGUAUAGUUUCCGGCAAUCUUUCUCUCUGUACGGGAUGCAAGUGAUGCUCUUCGAGAACCAAUUUUAUCCAAAUGGCAUCCGGCUGACGUCAGCCAUUCCAGGUGCAGACUUCAAAGUCCUGAUCAAUUUCAAUGCUCCCAACAUUCAGGACCGCAAGAGAUUCAUCAGCGACCUGCGAGAAUCCAUCGCUGAGGUCCAGGAAAUGGAGAAGUACCGAAUAGAGUCCGAGCUGGAGAAACAGAAAGGAGUGGUCCGGCCCAGUAUGUCUCAGAGCAUGUCUGGCCUGAAGAAAGAGACGGGGAACGGCAGCAUGGGCCGCACUAGUCUGGACGACUCUUACGCCAUGGGGGAAGGACUGAAGCGCAGUGCACUCAGCAGCUCAUUACGGGACCUUUCUGAAGCAGGACUCCAUCUCUAGCGGUUCUCCUCUCCAGCACAGAGAAUCUUCCUUCCGGCAGCGUUUGCUUCCUGAAAGACGCAGCAGCGUUCCAGACACUUUUUCUCUCCUCGGGCCACUUUUUGGCAGCGCUCGGGUCAAUCCGUUCGUCUUGGGCUGCCCUCCCUAUCCCACCCUCAUAUCCCACACUCCACAUCCAUUCAACCUGCACCACACCGCCCAGCCCUCACAGCGAUGUCAGUUCUUUCAGAGCCCCUGCGCACCCUCACGCAGCCAACGCGGCCUGUUUCUCUUCAAACAGCUUUCGCACGCACUGCGCAGGAACCAUCUGGCCCAGUUCAGACAGCACAGUGAACAGCACACCAUCUCCAAACACAAACACUGCGCCAUCAGCACGCUAGUGUGAGCUGAACUUUAGACGAGCACACCAUGAGCAAAAACCAGCCAAUCCCGGGAAGAGCAGGAGCGAUGCAUGUGCAAAAAAACAGCAUCUGUGUUUGAUGUCUCUCGUACUUUCAGCAUUCUGCCUGUGGGUGAAUGUCACACAGUUAUAGUAAAUCCAUUAUAUUUUGCAUAAAGAAAGUCAAGCACUAUUAAGAUAUAUUGCGUAGUGGCAUUUACAUGGCACAUUUUUUUUAUUGCUGUAAUUUAUUUUGGAAUUUAUAUUAUUGCUAUUUAUUUUCAACCCUUAUUCUGACCCUCGUUGUUUGUGGAAAGGUCUGUUUUAAGGGCAUGUACGGUGGCUGAGAAUGCUUAACAUGCUGCAAUAAAGUAUAUGCAGAGCUA